AUGCUCAAAAUCCCACGUAGACUAUUCACUACUACACGCUAUCUUUUUCAUGAGAACCCAUUGGGAUUGCCUCGCUUCAAUGCUAAUGCCAAUGCCAAAGUCAAAGCCAGUGGUAAUGAUGCACCUCAAAUGCCUCGAAGUCAAAAAGGGUUACCAGUCAAACAAAAUAUCCCAAAUGUGAAGAAUAUUAUCCUUGUAUCAUCUGCCAAAGGAGGAGUCGGUAAAUCUACUGUUACUGUAAACACUGCCUUGUCUUUAAGGAGGCUAGGCAAAAGUGUUGGGAUUUUGGAUGCGGAUAUAUUUGGUCCAUCUAUUCCUAGACUUAUGAAUCUCUCGGGGGAACCACGAAUAUCACAAACUAGUGGUAAACUUUUGCCAUUGUCCAACUACGGAGUCCAGACCAUGUCUAUGGGAUACCUUGUAAAAGACGAGCAAGCUGUUGUGUGGCGUGGCUUAAUGGUCAUGAAAGCCUUGCAACAAUUGCUUUUUGAAGUUGAGUGGUCGUCUACGUUAGAUUAUUUGGUUAUUGAUAUGCCUCCGGGAACUGGAGAUACUCAACUCUCAAUAAGUCAAUUACUUCGAAUCACUGGAGCAAUAAUAGUAUCGACGCCACAGGAUAUUGCAUUAAUCGAUGCUGUGAAAGGAAUCACAAUGUUCAACAAAGUCAAUAUUCCGAUAAUAGGGCUCGUACAGAAUAUGAGCCAUUACAUUUGCCCCAAUUGCAACCAUGAGUCGCAUAUAUUUAAGAGCGAGGGAGCUUCACGUGUAGCUAAGGAACACGAAUUAGAUGUCUUGGCGAAUGUACCAUUGGAUGAAAAAAUUUGCUUCCAAUCUGAUCUUGGAAAGCCUAUUGUGGUUGCCGAUCCAGAAAGUCCAAUUUCCAAAUGCUACGAAGAGAUUGCGAAAGCGGUGAUAAACUUUCAUUGA